GUUGCUGUGCUAUUGAUAAUUAGAAAUCAUGCGAUAAAAAUGCGAAUUUGUGAUGCAUUUCAUUGGGUAUAAAAAGGCGACAGACUUGCUCAUUAUUAGAAUUUGUUAUUUUUUGCAGUCAUAAUGAUCAAGCUCACGAUAAUUUGUCUUUCUUUCGCAUGCGCAUUAGGGGCUGAACCAUUGCUUUGCAUGCGUUAUUGCGGAAACGAAGAUCCAAACUUAACUUGCGCAACGAAUGGUGAUAGUUACUUGGUUUUCAAGAACGGAUGCGAGCUCAAAAAUAAGGAAUGCACUAGUGGAGAAACUUGGACUACAAUUUCCUUAACUAGAUGCUUGAAGACUGUUAUCUCGGUCAAGGGUCCGAUAGUUGAAAUCCCGGAGAAGCCUGUUAUUGAAAUUCCGGAAAAACCAGUUUUGUCGCAGAGAGCAGAAUGUGCAAAGGCGUGCUAUCUGUUAUAUAUGCCAGUUUGCGGAUAUGAUGGAAAUGAAUACAGAACGUUCGAUAAUGAUUGCUUCAUGUCUGUCACAAAUUGCACUAGGGAUGCAAGUACAAGUUUCCUUGCUGUUGGGCCCGAAAAAUGCAACAGCCAACCUGUCACGUCUAAUUGAUUCCAUUGUUUCUCAAGCUAAACAAUAAAGUUGAAAAUUUAAAGCAGA